UAUGUCGCCCAUUUUAAAUGUGUACGUAAUAUUUUGAUUUCUCUCAAAGCAAGCACCGAUCUCCUCCGGCGAUUCAAGCCACACACCGCCGCGAAGCUAGAAUCAAACUCUAAUACCUACCCACAAACAUGGUUCAACUACACCAUAAUCAAAAAGCUUCAUUCACGAAGGUCGACGGUUUACAAAUUGAUUGGAAACCAUCACCUGUCAUUGCACUAGCCACCAGCGUCGACGGCUUACGUGUUGCCGCUGCUCGCGAAGACGGUUCCCUCGAGCUCUGGCUCGUCUCUCCCGGCUCUGACCGUUGGCAUUGUCAGUUAACCAUUCGUGGUGAUCCUAAUAAAAGAGUUUCUUCGCUUGUUUGGUGUAAUGGUUCCGAUUUUGGUCGUUUGUUUUCUUCUAAUUUGGAUGGCUCUGUUUCUAAGUGGGAUUUUUUUCAUCUCAAACAAACGACAGUGCUAGAGUCAGAUGGCAUCGCAAUCUGGAAAAUGGCUGUUACACUGCCUAAGAUCGGUGUUGUAAAUGCUGAGACAAAGGGUGAUCGUUUGUGGAAUAGACAUGUUGAUUCCUGCGGGUCUGAGAACAGCGAAAGCGAUGAAGAUUCUGACUCACCUGCUACCGUCAUGCAAUCUAUUCUUGGGUUUCCACGUGUAGCAAUUGGUUAUGAUGAUGGGCGUGUGGGAAUUUAUGCCAUCUCUGACGCGGAUGAAUUUAUGCAUUUGAAAUCCUUGCUUCGAGUCAAAGGACGAGUUUUAAGUGUGACUUGGAGUGAAGAUGCUAACUACAUAUAUUCAGGCAGUAGUGACGGGUUAAUACAAAUCUGGGAUGCUAUGUCAGGUCAUGAAGUCGAUUGGACUAAAGUUGGACAGGAACUCUGUAUAUGGUCAUUGUUGUUUUUAAGGUCAGGGACACUUGUUAGUGCUGACAGCAGCGGUAGUGUCCAGUUUCUGGAUAGCAAAAAUCUAUCACUGUUGCAAACACAUUCAUUACACAAGGGAGAUGCAAUUGCUCUUGCAGCAGCCCCCAGUCAUGAUAUGGUGUUCUCUGCUGGUUCUGAUGGCCAGGUCAUUCUUUAUACGAUGUCAAAAUCAUCUAACAAUGUGAAUUCUCCAACAACUAUGAAAUGGAUCCAUGUUAAAAGUGUAAGAGCUCACACUCAUGAUGUCAGGGCCUUGACUGUUGCAGUACCAAUAGUGGAAGAAGCAGAAUUUUUGCCGGUUGAGAGAAUUAAAAGAAUGCGACGUGAAAAAAAACCCAAGGAUUUCAGCUACCAUAAGUGGGCUCAUAUGAAGGGUCCCAUGCUUAUCUCAGCAGGAGAUGACACAAAACUCUUGGCAUACCCUGUGAAAGAAUUCGCUAUUCGUGAUAUAUGUCCUGCACCUCAAGGAACACCUAUUCAACUCGUCCUUAAUACUGCCUUCAAUCAAUCAUCAAUGCUUUUAGUUCAGUCUUCACAUUGGUUAGAUAUUCAUUUGCUACAACUCAGAAAUGUUCAUACAUCUGGACGCCAUGCGAAUCCUAAAAUGCAGAACUUCAAAAUAUAUGCGUCAGCCCGAGUCCAGAGUCGGGCUUCUCGACAGAUAAUUUGCAGCACCAUUUCCAAUUCGGGGGUGCUUGUUGCGUACUCUGAUCAUGAAAAGCCUAGUCUCGUUGAAUUGAAGUGGGAAGUUGGGAAAAUCACAUUAAGUACAAAAAAACUUCCUCAAAGAUUACCAUUUACCCAUUCUAUGAUGUUUACUCAUGACUCCGCUUGGUUAAUAUUAGCUGGGCAUGAUAGAAGAAUAUAUGUUGUGGAUGUGGGCAGCUCAAAACUAGUGCAUACUUUUACACCCCGUCGUGAGUUGCAUGAUGAGGAAUCAUCUCUUACUGAGCCACCCAUAACAAAACUAUAUAGCAGUUCUGACAGGAAGUGGUUGGCAGCUGUGAACUGCUUUGGCGACAUAUACAUAUUUAACUUGGUGAUACUAAGGCAACACUGGUUCAUUUCAAGAUUGGAUGGUGCUUCUGUUACAGCUGGUGGAUUUCCGCCCCAGAACAACAAUGUACUGAUAGUUACUACUUCCUCAAAUAAAGUGUAUGCAUUUGACAUUGAGGCCGAAAAGUUGGGAAAAUGGUCAAAUCGGAACACACAUGUUCUUCCUAUGACAUUCCGGGAAUUUCCUGGUGAAGUUAUUGGGCUUUCAUUCCCUCCCUCGUCAACUUCAUCGUUGUUUGUUGUUUAUAGCUCCAGGGCAAUGUGCUUGAUUGACUUUGGAUUGUCCCUUGAACAAGACGAUAAUGAUGUGCUAGAUAUUCAAGAUCCAACUGUCCAGAAUUUACAGAAUUUUAAUGUUUUACCUUUAGAUAACCCUGUUUUAUUUUUAGCUUACAUGUCAAAAAAUUCCUUCUUUAUGGUAGACAAACCUUGGUUGGAAGUGGUCAAGAGUUUAGAAGCCUCACCGAUCCACAGGCAUGUUUUUGGGUCAUAAGUAAAGAUUGUUCUUAUGUGAGGGGGAUGCAUCGUGAUCAAGAAUUUUAUUAUUGGUCAAAUAGCACACUGGUUAAACUCACACCCCUAAUUGUGGAGAAGGGGGGAAUAUUGGUCAAGAGUUUAGUUUAUUUAAUAUUUCAAAUGUAAGAUAUUUUGUUUAAUAUUUCUAGGUGGCGUCUAAGGUGAACCAUCAAAUAAGUGGUUCAUCGGUGAACCACUUUCAGAUACCGUCAGAUUAAUUUAAAAGGUUUGCAUUUCGUUCAACUGCUGCCUUUUGA